CUCUAGCUCCGCCUUGUUCCUUUACCCGACCCGUACACACCUAAUGAGACAUUUGGUUAAAGCACGAGAGGGCAAUGGCCCUCGGCGGGGGCCUGGUCCUGGGACUCCACACCUUCAUGGUCCUCCUGAACUCCCAGGAAUCUAGGACCAUCAAGGCUGACCACAUGGGCUCCUAUGGACCAGCCUUCUACCAGUCCUAUGGUGCCUCGGGUCAGUUCGCACAUGAGUUUGAUGGGGAGCAGCUGUUCUCUGUGGAGCUGAAGAAGAGGGAGGCUGUGUGGCGCCUGCCUGAGUUUAGCAACUUGGCACACUUUGACCCACAGGGUGGGCUGGCCAGCAUCGCAGUGAUCAAAGCCCAUCUGGACGUCUUGGUGGAACGCUCCAACCGCACCAGGGCCACCAAUGUGACUCCAAGGGUGACCGUACUCCCCAAAUUUCGAGUGGAGGUGGGCCAACCCAACGUCCUCAUCUGCAUCGUGGACAACAUCUUCCCCCCGGUGAUCAAUAUCACCUGGCUGCGCAAUGGUCAGAUGAUCACCCAGGGGGUGGCCCAGACCAGCUUCUAUUCCCAGCCUGACCAUCUGUUCCGCAAGUUCCACUACUUGACCUUCAUCCCCUCAGCGGAUGACUUCUAUGACUGCAGGGUGGAGCACUGGGGCCUGGAAGAGCCCCUCCUCAGGCACUGGGAGCCCCAGGUGCCUAUCCCACUGCCAGAUACCACAGAGACCCUGGUCUGUGCCCUUGGCCUGGCCUUGGGCCUGGUGGGCUUCCUCGUGGGCACUGUCCUCAUCAUCACAGGCACAUGCCUGUCCAGAACCUGCAGGAAAUGACCUUUCUGAGAGGCCAGGCUGUGGGAGACCCUGUGGAUUCCUCACAAGUUUCUGGCAGCUCUUGCAUGCUCAGUGCCACCGCCUUCUGACUCGGAAUGGGAUGGACCUCUGUCCUAUGGGUCUCCUCCUUUUGGCCCCAGUACUCAUGGCAGGACUUGUGGGGUACCAACUAGCUCUCCUUCCUGCUCCCAACACACACACACACACACACUCACUCACUCACUCACUCACUCACUCUCUCUCUCUCUCUUGCUCUACUCAAAGCUCUGGUCAGCAGCAGCUAAUUCUUUAGUGGUGUUUUUAUGAGCUUUUGGCCAAUUCUCCCAGGGUGUGAGGCAUGCUGGGACCUGGGAGAGGGGAUUCCAGGUGAUGACUAUUGAGUCUGACCAUCUGGUACUGGGGAUGGGCAGUCACCCUCAGGCCAGCCCAGUUAUAUCUUGCUCCAUUUGACUCUUCAGUUUGGGGCCCAUUGUGAGUUACUUGUGAAUGGGCCAUUUCACAAGGACUUCAUGAAAUUUACCUCCUGAAUUCAGAUUUGCCCCAAGAAGGGUGGAGGAUAUCCUGUUCAUUGCAGUUUCCCUCAACCAACGACAGUCCUGCACAGCACCAGGAGUGGAAAGGUUCAUGGGAAUUCCACUGUGGUCUGUAUUUACUCCAUAAUGAAGGGAGCAUUGGUAUCCAGCCAUGACCAAUGAUGUCAUCUUUUUCUACCUUCCCUAGAGUCUCAUGUAUGACAAAGAGAAGUCCAAGACUUGGAUAAGAUAGCUACUUCCUUGACCAGGGGUCAAUCAUAUCAGGCCAAGGGUAGCAGAGUAGAUCUGAAAAUGAUCUGGUAAGAGAGGAUGUCUAAGAGAGAUCCACCUGAACUCUUCCUAAAUACAUGGCCUGGACGAUUUUAGUUUACUGUAUCCAAAAUUAAGAAUAUGCACAGAGAGAUAAGUAAUCACACAAAGUAGUUUAUGUCAAGUACCAAAGGAGUGGUACAAAUCAGUAGUUUUCACACUGGAUCAUACGUAAGAGUCCCUUGGGAAUCUUUUAAAAAGUACAGGUUUUAUCCAGAUCUACUGAAUUAAAAUCUUAAGGGUGGGGAUGGGGUGACAGGAAGUCAGAAAUUUUUAACAAGCUCCAGAUGAUGCUGAUGCAGCCAACCUUGACAUAAACUGUGUUCUGGUAACUGGGACCCACUGACACAGUCCGGUACUGUUACUGAAGGUCAUUGGAAGAGGGGACCUCUGAGGUCUGAGGUGGUCUGGGAAGGCUUUCCGGAGAACCUGGGUCUUUAGGGUAUAAAAGUUGAGCAAAAUACAAGUAGGGUCAAGAUGGGGAUUUGAAUCGUGAGCAUUUGGUCCUGGAAAAGAAAGAAACCAAGAGGUUAUGGGGACUCUGUGAAUUUUGCAAGAGAAAAUACGUUGGGAGAAAUCAGUAGCCAAAGAACACUCUGUGGAGGUGGGGGAGGGUUGUUCUAGUCAAGACUUUUGUUUGCCAGCAACAGAAACCCUCUUAAAAUGAUCACAGACAGGAGAGGUUAUUUACAAUAAAGACACAGGAGCGGCACCCAGAACCCAAGGGAGGGUCUAGCCAGGGAGCAGAACUCAGAACUGAAGUGUCGGUUCAGAGCAGUCCCUCUUGGGCCACACGGCCUGUGUUCUCCAGGCACCUCUGCAUGUCAGACGCAUUAGCCAUACUGUUGGACUGACUGUCCUCUGCAGCUGACAGUCCCCUGCAGCUCCAAGUCUGCUUAUCACCGCAGCUCUCCCCACCUACCUGUCACCGCGUCACAACUUUAAGUUCUUGGAAAAACAAAUGACCGCCCAAACUUGGGGCAGGUGUCCAUCCCAGUCCAAUGCACUGUGACCAGGGGCAGAAGCUUCGAUACAAACAUGGCUGCAGACCCAGCUCUCGAGUGAGGGGUCGGCUCAUUCUCAAAGAAGGAAGAAUGGGUUGGCCCUGGGAAGACUCCACAAGACCUGCCUGUUCCCAGUGUGCCCUGAUCUCUGCUGGUCUUUUGCUUAAAUCUGAACUCAAUGCAUCCUUGGAAAAGUAUUUCUCUGAUCUCUGUCUUAAUAUUUAAUAAAGUCAUUAGAAGUGUU